AUGUCCCAUAUUUUUAAAGUUUGGUCGUGUGACAGAAAAUUCAAAUCCUUAUUUAAGGUGGCUGAACCUGAUAUUUUAUGCCAAUUAAUUUUAAAAGUUAAUGAAAAAUUUCAAAUAAAUGGCUCAUCAUUAGUAUUAAAUAAAGACGGUACUGUGAUAGAUGAUGAAGACAUUUUAAUUGAAAUGAAAAAUGAAACUCUUCUUUUAUUGACCCAAAAUGAAAAAUGGACUCCAGAAAUUGGAUGCAGUAGUAGUAACACGUUACCAUCAACAGAAACUUUAAAUUCGUCCAAAAUUUUGGAAUGGCUAGACGAUUCCUCUAAAAAUCAAACUGAAAAUCUGGAAAAUGUUCCUAUAAAUAAUAUACAAAUUUUAAACAUCGUGGAAAAUCCGGAAUAUCAAUGGACAAAUUAUGUGAUUCCAUGGGAUAAAAUACCAACAGACAUGAUACAAAAGUGUGAACAAGGGGUAGUGUCCAAGUCAAUUAUAACUGAAAUUGUUCAUAUAGUCAUUAACGACCUGAGGGCUAUUAAAGAAUUAAUUCCAGCAAAUACGUUAAAACGUAUAGCAAAUGAUAUAGUUCAUAGAUAUCCCAAAGUUUUUUCAGAUUUAGAUGAUGAUGGUUGUAUAGUUGGAGAUGGUUCUGCGACAUUAUACUGUAAACUUUAUGAGAGAGCAGCUUACUUAAGAAGACCGCAUAAAGCACAAAAUACUAAUAUUGUGUCAGUACCACCAAAACUUCGAAAAACAAAGAUUAAUAUUAUGGCAGGAUGCAGUGCAUGGUCUCCUGAUAAUAAUCUUAAUACUGCAGAAGUUGAACCAAAACGACAAAAAUUGAACAAUAUUGAUACAACUUUAACUGAAGACUUUUGUAAACUUAUGGAGGAAACAUAUCCUGAACAAAGACUGUUUUUAAAUAAUAUUGAAAAACCUCCAAAUGUUAUAGAUGUUAAGAAUAUAUGGCCGAUUCUUUUUAAGUAUGAUGCUAUUAAAUGGCAUUUUAAUAAACUUACCGGUGCUGAUAUUAAUAAUCUCUCAACAAAUAUGUCAUUAAAACUUGAGAAAAUUAUAGAGUUUGGAUUGAAAUUAAAAUUGAUUCAAAAAUCACAGAUUUCAGAGGGAUGUUGUGAAUGCAUUCUAAUAAUAUUGUCCCAGUAUUUUAAGGAACCUUUAAACAACUUUUUAAUAAAGUCUGAGGAUUACAAUUCAGCUGGAAAUAAUAUAAAUUCAAACAAUCCAUGCAUAGUAAAGAUAGAUCGUCAAGGAUUUUGUCCAGGACAGCCAAACAGGUGCAUAUUUAUAGAAAACCUAAAUUAUUUACAAUUUGAAUGCAACUACGACAAACAAUGUCCAAGAGAAUACAAGUGUUGCUUUGACAAAUGUUUGGAAUUCAAAAUAUGCAAACAUUUAGAUACUAAAGACAAUUCUAAAGAAAUCAAAAUUGUUACAAGUGCUCCAGAGAGAAGUACUUUAAAAAGUACUACAGAAAUCGUCACUGAAAAACAAACUACCACGAUGGAAAGUACUAUAACCACGGAAACAACUUCCACAAUGACAGAACUGGACACCACCACAAUACAAAGUACUACAAAAACAAUGGAAAUUCCCUCUACAAUAAUGGAAAAAACUACUACAACAAUCGAAAGUUCUACAAGGACAAUGGAAAGUACUUCAACAACGAUAGAAAGUACUGCGACUACAUUGGAAAGUACUACACCCAGUGACAUUUUGACUUCUUCAGAGGAGUAUGAUUACAACGACGCAGAAGAAAAUGGUGUAGAUUAUGAUUAAGAAGAUCAAUUGACACAAUAAAAUAUUUGAAGUAGGAGCUUUAAUUUAAAUUGAAUACAAACUAACGAAUAUUUUAUUGGUUCGACCUUUAUUUGAUGAAACUCCAUGUCACUAAUGUAUAACUAGAUAAAAACAAAUACUGUUUUUUGAGUUUCACGAAUUUCAUUCAAUUUUAUUUUGACAAUUGUAACGCUAACACAGUAGCUUCUUCAGAAAUGAUUUCAAACUUUUUCUAAUAACAAACUUAUAACCCAGUUAUUGCAGGUAAUGUUUUUUUUAACAAAUUUUGGUA